GAGCGGGGCGCCGGAGGGCCGUGUCGGCGCGCGGAGUUUGGAUAGGGAUUCAGCCUGGCGCGGCGUGAGCCCGAGUGAGAUCAUGGCUGCUGUUCCUCUGAACAAUCUACAGGAGCAACUGCAGCGUCACUCAGCCAGAAAACUUGAUAAUAAAUUCAACCUUACAAAACCAAAAUCUUCCGGUUUUACUUUUAAGAAGAAAACAUCAGAGGGCGAUGUGUCUAUAACUAAUGUGUCAGUGGUGAAAACACCUGCAUUAAGUGAUAAAGAUGUGAAUGUGUCUGAGGCCUUUUCAUUCACUGAGCCUCCGCUCCACACACCCAAACAGCAGCCUGGGACUGAUGGCUUCUUUAAAAAUUCCCCGGGAGGACAGCAAACCAAGGGGACCUAUUCCGAACAGUCAUUGCUGGACCUGGUGCAGAUUCCUCCAGAAGUUUUAUGUACUACCCCAAAAACCCCAGCUGUAAAGAAAUGCCACGUUGCUGUUUUUAAGAAAUUAGAAUUUAGUUCUUCGCCAGAUUCCCUCAAUGACUGGGCUGAUAUGGAUGACUUUGAUAUUUCAGCAUCAGAUGCAUUGGUCUCAUUGACCAAAAAUCCUGUCACAAGAGUAAGCACCGCUCAGAAAUCAAAGAAGACUAAGAAAAACUUUUUUAAACCACCACCUCCUGAAACAAGUCCCAGAAAGACUGAUUUGAUGCCUCCUUCCCCUAAAAUCCCACAAGUGGAUUUAACUAAGGAGCAGACAGAUGAGUCGGAAUACCUAAGCAGUGAUGUGAUUUGCAUCGACAGCGACCCUGGUUCUGAAGAUCUCAAGAAGAAAAAUAGUCAGGAAAGUCAGUGUUUGGAAACUGAUUUGGAAGUUGAAAGAGAUAAUAGUGAAAAGGAGAACCACAUAGAUGAAGUUCGAUUACAGUCUACUGAGAAAGCUCUAUACUUCCAACAUGAUGAUGAUGAUUAUGAUAUAGAGUUUGUUCCACCUUCUCCAGAAGAAGACAUGAUUUCUCCAGCUUCUUCCUCUUUGGAAUACUCUAGUAUGCUAAAGGUUCUUGAUGACUCUGACAAAGAGAAAGACAGUCUCAGUACCUCAAAAGAUCUUUUGUCAAAACCGGAGAAAAUGACGACGACACAGGAGCCUGAUCCAGGAACCACUGCGGACUGUGGCGACAAGCAGAUGAGCGUGCAGCAGCAGCUUAUUCAUGUGAUGGAGCACAUCUGUAAAUUAGUUGAUACUGUUCCUAUCGAUGAACUAAAAGCUUUGAAUUGUGGGAACGAGCUGCUUCAACAGCGAAACAUAAGAAGGAAGCUCCUGGCUGAAGCUGAUUUUAAUGGAAAGGAUGUCAGUCUUCUGGCUUCACUGUGGAGAUGCAGGCCUGACUCACAAAGUAACACUGUGCAGGGUGAUUCCUGCCCUGUGGGGCAUCCUAGCAAAGAGUUAAACUUUCCAUCCUUUCCCUCACAUUCCCUUUCCACUGAGGAAUGUUUACCAACCACCACUCCAGGAAAGACAGGAUUCUCAGCCACCACGAAGAAUCUCCUUGAAAGGCCCUUAUUGAAUUCCCAUUUACAGAAGGCCUUUGUAAGUAGCAACUGGGUUGGAACACCAAGGGCAGAAGAAAGAAACGGAAGCACUUCUUUCCCAGGAAACGUGCUCACAAGCACUGCUGUGAAAGAUCAGAAUAAACACGCCGCUCUAGGAAAUAACUUAGAGAGAGGAGGCCAGGCCUUCUGUGAUAUUGAUAAUUUUAACAUUGAUGACUUUGAUGAUGAUGAUGAUGAUGAUGACUGGGAAGACAUAAUGCACAGUUUUUCAGCCAGCAAAUCUUCCACAGCUGCCUACCCACCUAUCAAGGAAGGUGGACCAAUUAAAUCUCUAUCAGAGAGGAUUUCUUCAGCCAAGACAAAGUCUCUUCCGGUGGCAUCAACUGCUCAAAAUAAAAACCUCUCAGAGUCAAUUUGGAAUUACACUGAUAAGUUGGAACACAAUUUAUCAUCAAAAAAUCUGAAACAUGAACAUUUUCAAAGUCUUGAUUUUCCUCAUACAAAAGAAAUGAUGAAGAUUUUUCAUAAGAAAUUUGGCUUACAUAAUUUUAGAACUAAUCAGCUAGAGGCGAUCAAUGCUGCACUGCUUGGUGAAGAUUGUUUCAUCCUAAUGCCCACUGGAGGUGGUAAAAGCCUGUGCUACCAGCUGCCGGCCUGUGUGUCUCCGGGGGUCACUAUUGUCAUCUCUCCCUUGAGGUCACUAAUAGUAGAUCAAGUUCAGAAGCUGACUUCCUUUGAUAUUCCUGCUACAUAUCUGACGGGGGAUAAGACUGACUCAGAAGCUGCAAAUAUUUACCUCCAAUUAUCAAAAAAAGAUCCAAUUAUCAAGCUUUUGUAUGUUACUCCAGAGAAGGUCUGUGCAAGUAACAGGCUGAUUUCUACUCUGGAGAAUCUGUAUGAGCGGAAGCUCUUGGCACGGUUUGUCAUUGAUGAAGCCCAUUGUGUGAGUCAGUGGGGUCACGAUUUUCGUCAAGAUUACAAAAGGAUGAAUAUGCUUCGCCAGAAGUUUCCUUCCGUUCCAGUGAUGGCUCUCACAGCCACGGCGAACCCCAGGGUACAGAAGGACAUCCUCACGCAGCUGAAGAUCCUCAAACCUCAGGUGUUCAGCAUGAGCUUUAACAGACACAAUCUGAAAUACUAUGUGUUACCAAAGAAGCCCAAAAAAGUGGCAUUUGAUUGCCUAGAAUGGAUCAGAAAGCACCACCCAUAUGACUCGGGGAUAAUUUACUGCCUCUCCAGGAGGGAGUGUGACACAAUGGCUGACACCCUACAGAGGGAUGGCCUUGCUGCUCUGGCUUACCACGCAGGCCUCAGUGAUGCUGCCAGAGACGAGGUGCAGAACAAGUGGAUCAACCAGGACGGCUGCCAGGUUAUCUGUGCAACCAUUGCAUUUGGGAUGGGGAUUGACAAACCUGAUGUGAGGUUUGUGAUACACGCGUCUCUCCCUAAGUCUGUGGAGGGUUACUACCAAGAGUCUGGCCGAGCUGGAAGAGAUGGGGAAGUAUCUCACUGCGUGCUCUUUUAUGCCUAUCACGAUGUGACCAGACUGAAGAGACUUAUCAUGAUGGAAAAAGAUGGCAACUACCACACAAAGGAGACUCACUUCAAUAACUUAUACAGCAUGGUGCACUACUGUGAGAACAUAACAGAGUGCAGAAGAAUACAGCUUUUAGCUUACUUUGGUGAAAAAGGCUUUAACCCUGGUUUUUGUAAGAAAUAUCCAGAUGUUUCUUGUGACAAUUGCUGUAAAACAAAGGAUUAUAAAACAAAAGAUGUGACUGAUGUCGUGAAAAAUAUUGUAAGAUUUGUUCAAGAACACAGUUCAUCACCAGGAACGAGAAAUGUAGGUCCUUCUGGAAGAUUCACUCUGAACAUGCUGGUCGACAUUUUCUUGGGGAGCAAGAGUGCAAAGAUUCAGUCAGGAAUAUUUGGAAAGGGGUCUUCUUAUUCACGACACAAUGCCGAAAGACUUUUUAAAAAGCUGAUACUCGACAAAAUUUUAGAUGAAGACUUAUAUAUCAAUGCCAAUGACCAACCAAUCGCCUAUAUGAUGCUGGGGACUAAAGCCCAAAAUGUGCUCAAUGGCCACUUAAAGGUGGACUUCAUGGAAACAGAAAAUUCUAGCAGUAUAAAAAAACAAAAAGCUUUAGUGGCCAAAGUAUCCCAGAGAGAAGAGGUAGUUAAGAAAUGUCUUGGAGAACUUACAGAGGUCUGCAAGUUGCUGGGGAAGGUCUUUGGUGUUCAUUACUUCAAUAUUUUUAAUACAGCUACUCUCAAGAAGCUUGCAGAAUCUUUAUCUUCUGAUCCUGAGGUUUUGCUUCAGAUUGAUGGUGUUACUGAAGACAAGCUGGAAAAAUAUGGUGCUGAAGUGAUUCCAGUAUUACAGAAAUACUCAGAAUGGACACUGCCAGCAGCUGAGGACAGUUCCCCUGGCAUAAGCCUGAAGGGCGGCCGAGGCACCGGGAGGAGCACCCCAGAGGAGCUUGAUGAGGAGGAGCCUGUAUCUUCUCACUACUUCGCAAAUCAAACUAGAAAUGAAAGAAAGAGGAAGAAAAUGCCAGCCUUCCAACGACCCAAGAGGAGGAGAACCAGUAACGGCAGCUUCAAGGCAAAGGGGGGCUCUACUACAGGCAGAAAAACGUCUUCUAAAAGUAAAUUCUCUGGUGUAACUGGAUCCAACUCAACCUCAUGUGCUUCUCAAGCAACAGCAGCAGCAAGUAGGAAAUUGGGGAUUAUGGCUCCUCCGAAGCCCGUAAAUAGAACGUUCCUCAGGCCUUCGUAUGCAUUCUCCUAACAGCACUUCUCAGCACACACAUCUUGUUUGUCGGCAUCUGACCAUCUGUGAAGAGAAAGCUGUUAGUCUUGUUACACCAUUUGAAGUUUUCACUCCUAUCUAUUAAUAUUUAAAUGUAUCUCGUGUGAUAGUUCUUAUUUUUAAAUAAACAUUUUCUUUGCUGCCACUGCAAGUGUGGUGGCCAUUGUUUCUCAGAGCAUCUGCAGCAAUGGCUGAAUCAUCUACCCCAGAAAAAUUCUGAGUGUAACCUGACACACCGAAGCCAGAAGAAAAAGCAGCAUGGGACAUUGUGAAACUGUAGAACUUCUUGUGUGAAACAACCACGGCAAAGGACAGAGGACAAAGAAAACAGAAGAUAUAUUACAUAGUAACUCCUAUAAUAUGCAAAAAGUGCCCAUAAAUCAUUAAGGAAAAGUCAGCAUGGAAGACAGCCGAACAGGCUGUGGAUAGGCUAGUCUCCCCCCAAAAAUUCAGAUGGCCACAAAUAUAUGAAAAUACUCUGUCUCCCUAAUUAAAAGUACCAAUUAAAACAUGAGGUGCCAUUCUUUUGCCUGUCAAAUUAUCAACCCCAGGGCUGGGUAUAGUGUCACAUAGCUAAAAAUCCCAGUGUCUCCAGAGGCUGAGCCAAAGGAUCACCUGAGCCCAGGAGUUCAGGGCUAACCGGGCAGACACAUUCUCCUUUUAAAAAAAAAAAGAAAGAAAGGAUAGUUGGGCAGUGAUGGCA